AACCACACGGACCGAGGUCCUCUCUGCACGCUCUCCACUGCAAUAUGGUGGGUCUGUAAGAGCAGCAGAGUUGGAGUCAGGAAGAUAAAGAGUGCGACACCGUGAUGAGACAUUAUUUUGCUUCUGGUCUCUGUUCAUCCAUCCUUGCAGCUGCAGACUGCACCGUUCGUAUUUAACAUUAAGCGUCAGACCUACAGUACGAUGGGCCUGCAGAAUGGAGUAUGACAUUGAUUUUUACAAACAUUUUGCCUGGCUCAGAAAGGUAAACCUUCAUUCGAACAGCAGCAGUGAGUCCUACCAGGAACGCUUAUUACGUCUGGAGGGAGACAAAGAGUCGCUAAUUCUGCAGGUGAGUGUGCUGACGGACCAGGUGGAAGCUCAGGGGUCGAAGAUCAGCGAUCUAGAGAUUUCUCUGGUGGAGCAUCGGCACAAACUCAACUCCACAGAGGAAAUGCUUCAGCAGGAGCUCCUGCAUAGGACGUCACUGGAGAACCAGAAGCUGAGUCUUAUGGGGGAGGUGUCCUACCUGAAACUAAAGCUGGCAGACAUGGAGGGAAAACAGAACCACGGUGCUGAACGGCAGCACAAAGCAGAGACUGUAGUUAAUUUCAUUAGCGAGCUGCAGGAGCAGAUGUGCAGGUUUCAGAAGGAGAUCAAUAGCAAGAUCCAGGAGAAAAAGGCCUUGGAGAUCCCGGCCGACAGCAGCGCUGCUGUGGCGUGCUGCGCUGAGCCCGCUGAGGGUGGGGGCUGCAACCCUGGGUCGUCCUGUGACAGAACCUCCGGGGUGAUGCACCAACUGGACGAGGAUCCAGAUGGGGCUGAUGGGAGCACACACAGCCUGGAAGAGGGUAGCUCAGAUGCAGAGGAACAGUACCACUAUGGAGAAGAAAGUGGUUUACUGAAGGAGCUCCGUAUUCUCAAGGACAAGGUGGAGCACCUGGAGGAUCAGAAGUCACAGUACGAGAAGAAACUCAAAGCAACCAAGGCGGAGAUCAGCAGCCUGCAGCAGCUUCUGCUCAGUAAGAACGCUGAGAUCGAGAGCUUGCACACUCAGCUGCUGGCCAGACCCUCUCUCACCACCGAGAGCUCAGAGAGAGAUCAGGAACUGCAGAGGCUUAAAAUUGGAAUGAAAUCACUGGUCGCUGCAAACGAUGAAAAGGACCGGCGCAUUGAGGAGCUCACUCUGCUCCUGAACCAGUGCAGGCAAUUCCGAGAGGUCACUCACGUCACAAGGCAAGCUCCACCUGCUGUCCGUUCAUCACCGAACGGGAGGACUCCUUCAAGCAGCAGUGAGGAAGAGGAGCAGCUGAAGAAUACGGACUCUGCCAGUGCAAAAUCUGAAGAUGUGAAGUCUGAGGUUUCCACAAACAGCUCUUCCUCCCAUCACACGUCACUGCUGUCAGAUCAGAAGGACAGCGACUACAGAACAGAACCACCGGCUCUAUCUAGCAGUAUGAAUGACCUAACAAAUGGACUUUCACAAAGGAGUGGCACAAGAAGUCAGACGAUGCCUGCGAAUUCCUCCCUGUCAGAGCAAAACGGGAUCGGAGGCAGCAGCAGUGAAACCCAGAGCCAAAGGUCUCCGGAUGGGAGCGAAGAUGGAGACUCCAGCCAAAGAAAGUUGGAGAGAGCUGAUGACAGCACUUCAAGCAAUAGUUCCCCCGUUCAAUCUGGGACCAACUCGCAGCCUGGCCAACGGGCUGUGGGCUCACCAGAAUACAUGAAGAAUAACAGGAGCUUCAAGAGACUCUGGGGGAAACUUCGAAGAACCCAGUCUGGAGGGCUGCAGGCAGCAGAUCCAGAUGCCGGUCAGUUUAGAAGAGGGGGUCUUCGUGCUACAGCUGGACCCAGACUCACCAGGACGCCUGAGUCUUAUGACUCCACACGUGAUCUGAAUAUUCCAUUCAGCCAGUGGACCAAGGAGCAGGUGUGUGGGUGGCUGGAGGACUAUGGACUGGGCCAGUACGUCAGUCUCUCCAGACAGUGGGUAGAAAAUGGACAGACGCUGCUGUCUGCUACACCUCAGGACUUUGAGAAGGAGAUGGGUGUGAAGAAUCCUCUGCACAGGAAGAAGCUGCAGCUCGCUCUGAGGGCGUUCACCACCAAAGUUAUAGAGAAGUCGUCAGAGCUGGACUACAUCUGGGUCACACGCUGGUUGGAUGAUAUUGGUUUGCCUCAGUACAAAGACCAGUUCCAUGAGGCGCGAGUAGAUGGUCGAAUGAUACAAUACCUCACAGUGAACGACCUCUUGAGUCUAAAGGUCACCAGCCAGCUUCAUCAUCUCAGUAUCAAGUGUGCCAUUCAUGUCCUUCACGUCAACAAGUUCAACCCCCACUGUCUGCGACGCAGGCCAGGGGAGGAGAAACAGCCCAGUCCCUCAGAGGUGGUGCAGUGGUCGAACCAUCGUGUGAUGGAGUGGCUGAGAGCGGUGGAUCUAGCUGAGUAUGCUCCUAAUCUACGGGGCAGUGGCGUUCACGGAGGUCUGAUUAUCCUGGAGCCGCGCUUCAGCUCUGAAACAUUGGCCCUUCUGUUAAAUAUUCCACCUCAGAAGACGUUGCUCCGGCGCCAUCUUGCCACUGCCUUCUCUACCCUGGUUGGGCUUCAGGCCACGCAGGAGAAGCGAGAGUACGGCAAUGCCACAGGCCAUGUUCCCCUCACCACCACUGCUAAAGUGAAGCCGAGAAAGCUGGGCUUCACCCAAUUCAGUCACCUGAGAAAGAGAAAACCUGAUGACUCAGCGGAUUACAUCUGCCCAAUAGACAGCGGAGCGCUGACAGUGAAUGGGGUUUCCCGGCUGCCCUCUGCAGCACUCAGGGGCCUCAGCCCGAGCUUGGAAAGACAGGCUGAGAGGCGGGAGCCGAUUGGGAUAAAGGUUGAGGCUAAUGGCCCCAAACAAUGAUUUAAAAGUAUCCAUGGACGCACUGCUCUCUCACUAAGUGACUUUUGUGAACCAGUGGAGAUUCUAAUGCAGGAACUCGAUAACUGAGAUGCAUCGACGUGAUGAUUUGCUGAAUGGGCUGCAAAGAUGCUGUGUUUAGCAGUUGAUUUAACUAUUGUUUGUGUCUUUCUAACCUGAUGUCGCUUGCACAGUGUUCACCUACAAUGAUGAUUAAUGACAUGGUGUGAAAUGUUUUAUCAAAGCUGCUCUCUGCAUUCCUUAUACAGUCGGAUUCCAAAGCUUUGACUUUUGCUUUCAAACAAUGCAUUUUACCGACCAUUUUGUAUCUAAUCUUGUGUAAAUUUAGUUAUGAUAUCAAUGACCUGUUUUUGUUAAAUAUCUGGAUUAACUCUACAGUUUAUUAUCAGUUACUUAAAGCCUUGCUGUUUCUCAUUUCUUCAUGAGGGACAACACAUUUGAAAGUUAAAUCCUUUUGAUGGUACAUUAAUGGUACUGAUCUGCACCCUCAAAUAAGGCUUGUUGAUAUACCUUUGGAUUCUCCUACACUAAAGUUGACUUGUUUCAUAAGAUGCUUGUGAAUAUGCAGUAAUAUAAUAAACAUCAGGUCAACAGUAAACCUUGUUGGAAUUUUAAAAUUCUAAUACAUUACCCUUGAAUAAAUGUGUUUGAGAGUUUCUAUAUUUAUUUUUUAUCAUUAAAAUUUAGCAUUAAUUUAGUAGAUCUUGUUAUAGCAACAGUAGGGAACAAUUGUGUGCGGUGCGAGCAAGUGGGGAACCUAUGGGUGCAAGGCCUUUUGACAUCACUUCCUGAAGAUGGAUCUUAGGGUUUGAAUCCAACACUGCCUACUAGUGGUGAAAAAUGUAAAAAUACAAGAACACCUCAACCCAAAUUAUUUUAAGUAGAAGAGCAUGAAAUGCAGCUAUAAUAUUUCUGUCAUGACUUUCACUAAUUACUUCAUUAAGUUUGAUUAAUUCACGUAUGAAAAUUAAUCAAAUAUAAUGCAUCAAAUAAUGAUCCUUUUGUUGGUGAAUAGCCUGUCAACCGCUUUGAUUUAAGUUUGGCUUAUUUAAGCAGUUUGUGUGUAUUAACAAAAAAAGUGAUUCACUGCCAACUUCUCUAUAACAUAGUUUGUGUUUAGUAGCUUUGUCUGCUAAUACAGAGUCCAUCAGUUAUAGAAGUCAUUGUCCAGUGAGUGUUGCUGACUCCAGAAAAAUGUUCUGUGAUUCGAUUGUGCUGCAUAAUCGGAAGGAUGUAAUAGCUUUAGAUUAAAAAUAUUUUCAUUCUUCAGAGACCAAAUCAUAAAAUAAACAUGAUGUUCUGUAUAUGGAUCUUAAGUAAAUGACAGACAUAGUUUCAGGGGAAUAUGUUUGGUCUUAUUAACCACCCAAAGUGUUUACAGUACAAGUCACAUCCACCCAUUUACACAGACAUUUAUACACCAAUUCUUCCCAGAGUUCUUUUUCCGUUUGAACCCAUAAUUUGGGGUCCGGUAUCUUGCACAAGGGCACUUCAGAAUUCAGACUAUUGGAACUGGGAAUCAUACCAAGGACUUUCUGGCUGGAGGAUGACCCACUCUAUCUCCUAAGCCACAGCCACCCUUUAUUUCCUGCUUGGUCCUGAAAAUAAAUAAUUUUCUUCAUGAGUAGGUCAAACUAAGUAAAGAAUCUCUGGACUGCAUUAUAUCGGGUGAUUCAGUGGUAAAGGCUAAUUGAAAUGUAGCAAUGCCUUUAUUAGGGUUCAUUUUGCUUGCUUGCUAUUUGCGCACAUUUAACUAAUGUCCACUUCAUCUAUCACCAGUGUAGCGUAACUGUUACGCAGCUACUGUACUGACAGGAUUGGCAACAGUAGAAAUAUUCCAUUCGACUCACAAAGUGCUGUAAUGUGACAACGCCACAGUUAAUGGCACAGCGUUGGGGGUUUCAUCAGUUGCAGUCCUAAUGAAUCUACUCAGAUUCUGCAGGCGUGUGUGGUGGUGUGGCAGCUAGGGCAGCAGUCAGCUCCCCUCUGAACCCUCCUGCGGAAGCACACAGCCUCAAUUAUACCAAACACAAUAAUUAGGGAAUCUUUUACCUCCGCAUAUCAUUAGCUCCCCAAUGGAGAACAUCCUGAUCAAUGAUUACAAAUGACAGGUUCAUAAAUAAAUUAGUCCUGCUGAUAAGUGUGUAACACGACUCAAUUGAUCAAUGUUAAAAACGGAAAUUAGAGGGACACAGCAGUCAGGAUUGGGUUUGUAAGUUCUGAAUGAAAAGAGGGUGAUUUUCACUACAAAUGUUAGUGGAAAUAUCUGAUACAUACGAUAACAGGCAGAUUAAAGGUUUAAGAAACAUGAAACAAAGCAAACUUUUGUAAAACAUGGGUCCUCGUAAAACCAGCAGAUGUCAGUGUUGUCUAUGGAUGUGUCCUGUGCCAUAAAGACAGCCAGCGCUGAACCUUCACCGUAGACUCGGGGUGAGGUUCACCACUGCAUGUUUAAAUAUGAAAAAAAGCUUAUUUGUCUUAAUAUUAUUAAAUUUUCUUUUUUUGUGCCAAUGUGUUUGUCAUUCAAGUUUACUACCUGGUGACACUGUCUUAGCCUUUAGUUUGCUGUAAAGGAGUUAGGCCUGUUGGACUUCAUUGCAACAUUUUUAAUUAGACUUUCAACCGCAUAGAUUGUAAGUUUGGGAGUUUUGCGCAUUAGCCAUGUGAGUGACAGACAGUUCACAAUUAGAAAUUCAAUAAAAUCAUACUUUAUCUCAAAAAUCAUAGACAGACACACUUUAAAACAUUGUAAAAAGUAAAAACAGCUUCAAUACAGCUUUACAAUUUAUAUAUAACACAAAUCUAUCCAAUAUUCCUUCUAUUUUAUUCUGUUUUCUCUGCUCAGUGUGUGUGUGUUUGGGUGGGUAUAUUUUUGUGUAUGCAUGCGUGUAUUAAGAGGGGAUGGAAGUGUUUAUAAUAGUGCAUCUUAGCUAAUUUCAGUAAUGUGAUCCAGCCUCCACUAGCUGACAGUUUAAUAGCUAUUAUUUGUGUCACACUCUCUCAUAACACUCGUGCAGUAAAUUGCUAUAUGUGCAGGAGACUGUGCCAUGACUGACAUCUUAUCUUUCCAUAUCGUAUCUAUUGUUUUAAUUAAGUGAAAGCAAUGGUGACAUUUAUUGGUUUCAAAGGUACUUGUUAAUGGCAGUAUACGAAAAAAUGAUGCAUGUAAAUUAUCAGGGUUUACGUUACGUAAAUAAUUUGUAAACCCUUUCCUAAUGAUUACACAUUAUCUUCCCACUGUUACUGUCAAUUCAUUUGACUACAUCAAAAAUAAAAAACACAGCGUUGGUGAUGCAACGUCACUGCUCUCUCGA